GGGGUGCGCAGGUGUGCAGGGUGCGCAGGUGUGCGGGGCGUGCACCUGUGCGGGGGCGUGUCACACCUGUGCGGGGCGUGCAGGUGUGCGUGGUGCGCAGCUGUGCGGGCUGCUGGGCGUGUUCCUGCUGGGCGCGGAACCGCCCGUGUGUGCCCGGCUCCGCGCGUGUGGGCGCCAGAUACCGCCCGUCUGUCCCGGGCGGCGCGGGAGGCGGGUGCGGCGUGUGCCUGGCAGCCGCUGCACAUCUGUGCUGGGCCCUGCGCAUCUGCCACGGUGGUGCACAGCUGGCGCGGGCCUCGCACAUCUGUUCUGCGCCGUGUGUGUGUGUCCCCGGCACGGUGUGGCUGUCGCCGGUGGUUGCGGCGCGUUGUGUCGGGGGGAGGAUGCCCGGGAAAACAUUUGGAAAAGUAGUGGUAGCAGGACAAACGCUCACCUCAACAUGGGGGAGGCCUGGGGCACUCAGAGGUGCCCCCUAAUACCAGGCUGCAGGAGGCUGAGGCCGAAACGCGGCACCGAAACGCGGCGGGAUCCUGGCUCCUGCGUGGGGGUCCUGCCCCAUCGCUGCCCCACGCUGCAGGGCGCCGGCUUGCGCCAGGGGGCUGACCCCCCUCCCCGCAUCGUGCACCUGUGCCUGCGCAAGGCCGACCAGAAGCUGGUGAUCCUGAAGCAGAUCCCGGUGGAGCAGAUGAGCAAGGAUGAGCGGCUGGCAGCGCAGAACGAGUGCCAGGUCCUCAAGCUGCUCAGCCACCCCAACGUCAUCGAGUACUACGAGAACUUCCUGGAGGACAAGGCGCUCAUGAUCGCCAUGGAAUACGCCCCAGGGGGCACUCUGGCAGAGUUCAUCCACAAGCGCUGUAAUUCCUUGCUGGAUGAGGACACCAUCCUGCACUUCUUCGUGCAGAUCCUCCUGGCCCUGCACCACGUGCACACCAAGCAGAUCCUGCACCGUGACCUGAAGACCCAGAACAUCCUCCUGGACAAGCAUCGCAUGAUCGUCAAGAUCGGAGACUUCGGCAUCUCCAAAAUCUUGAGCAGCAAGAGCAAAGCCUACACGGUGGUGGGAACUCCGUGCUACAUCUCCCCGGAGCUCUGUGAAGGGAAGCCUUACAACCAGAAGAGUGACAUCUGGGCCCUGGGCUGUGUGCUCUACGAGCUCGCCAGCCUCAAGAGGGCUUUCGAAGCUGCGGUGAGAGUGAUGUGGUUUACACGCAGCCUCUCACAGAGGUGCAAAUGUAUGCCGGGAUCACUUCUCAGCGAGCCGGGAAGUGUGAAGGCAGAGGGCAGUGCUGAGAGCUCCUUCCUCCUUGGCCUCGCCCCUGACUGCCCAGCCGCUGUUUGUCUCUUGUUUUCUCUCCAGAACCUUCCUGCCUUAGUGCUGAAGAUCAUGAGCGGGACGUUUGCCCCGAUAUCGGAUCGAUACAGCCCCGACCUGCGCCAGCUCAUCCUCAGCAUGCUCAACCUGGAUCCUUCCAAGCGGCCCCAGCUAAAUGAGAUCAUGGCCCAGGCCAUCUGCAUCCGGCCCCUCCUGAACCUCUACACAGACGUGGGCAGCGUCAAAAUGAGGAGGCCUGAAAAACCCUUGGCUCCGGUGCCCACAGUGACCCACAGCCGGACAGAGGGACGGGCAAGCAGUGCCAGGCAGAGGGGUGUCCGACGUGGUUCAGCCAGGACAGGAAUCCCACCUCCAUUGUCAUCCAUCUACACCUGGGGCAGUGGGAUCACCACCCCUCUCCGCCUGCCCAUGCUGAACACCGAGGUGGUGCAGGUCUCUGCUGGCAGGACACAGAAGGCUGGGGUCACCAAAUCUGGGAGGCUUAUCCUGUGGGAGGCUCCUCCCAUGGGUGCUGCUGGGGGUCCUUCUCUCCCAGGAGCCACUGAGCAGCUCCAGCCUCAGUUUGUGUCCCGCUUUCUGGAGGGCCAGUCUGGAGUGACCAUCAAACAUGUGUCCUGUGGUGAUCUUUUCACAGCCUGCCUCACAGACAGGGGGAUAAUAAUGACUUUUGGCAGCGGCAGCAAUGGCUGUUUGGGGCACGGAAACUUCACGGAUGUGAGCCAGGUUGGUGGAGAGGGUGCCGGGCGUGCUGCUCCCCCAGGGUAAAGGAUG